AUGUCCAUCCCUUCAAACAAAAAACUUGACGGCUUUGAGAUCGUCCAGCACGACUACAAACAUAUCGGCGACCACGGUAUCCGAGUUGAUAUUUUGACCCCGAGAACCACUUAUGUCGGUCCAAGACCACUUAUUGUUCGAAUCCAUGGCGGUGGCUUGAUGAUGGGCGACUCGUUCUUCAUGGACUGGUGGCCACAAUGGAUCUCUGAUCUAGCCCUGCAGAAAGAAGCUGUCAUCGUGAGCCCUAACUACCGCCUCCUCCCAGAAGCCACUGGCGCCGAUAUCUAUACCGAUAUUGAAGAUUUCUGGAUCUGGCUGCACUCAGCGGAAUUUCUAAAUUUGUUGGCGAAUCAGCCAACGCCGACCACUGUCGACCUGAACCGUAUACUUAUCUCUGGUGAAUCCGCUGGUGGCCUCAUCGGUAUUUACCUCUCAUUGGCCCACCCAACGGAUAUUCGCUCUGCAGCUGUGGCAUAUCCUUUCGUGGAUCCCCGCUCAGAAGCAUUCAGCUCGCCUCGCGCGGAGCCCCCAUUUAACCAUCCCGUCCCGGAACAUGUAGUCCAGGAAAACAUGAAAGCCGCCGCUUUGGAUACUCCCAAAUCUUCAAUCAGUACGCCUGAUAGCUUGAGCUUCAUGCUUGCUGCCGUUCAGCAUGGGGCUAUUACUGACAUGUACGAACGUGGAUCGAAGGGCGUCCCACGCGAGGUACUCUAUCCUAUGAUGCGACUGGAGCAGCCUGGUUUCAAUAUACCGCAGGGUGGCAUUGCUGUAAUUCAUGGUCGUCAGGAUAGUGUGGUUCCUCUUGGUGACGUUGAGAAAUUCGUUGCUCGCGCAAAAGAAGUCACGAAAGGCCUUCCUGAGAACGAGAAAAUUAUUCUCACAGUGCGAGACGGAGAGCAUGGGUUCGAUGCAGCCACUUCCUACGAUGAGCCGUGGCUGAAGGAGGCGAUCAAGUCUGCCGUGGAUGCUUGGUUAGAAUGA